AUGGCUAUGCGAAUCGUCCCCGCCGCGAACCAGCCCACAACCUUCGCCGCCGGCGCCGGCGCCCCCUCGGCCCCGGGCGUCCACGACACACUCCGCGCGGGCGUCGGCCAGUCGAUCCUCGACGCCCGGUCCAACGCCCCCUCAAGUGCGCACCCGCUCGAGUCGCGCCUUAAGAAUUGGGAGGUCACGCAGGAGAACAUGCGAAUGGAGACGCUACGCCGCACCUUUGGCGCUGCCGAGCCCAUCCGCCGCCAGAUGGAGCUCAAGAUCACCCAGACGGGCGAGUGGCGGCCCCUCGCACUCGGCGGCCAGAAGCCCAGCAUCCACGAGGAGAUCCUCCGCGGCAAGGACACCAGUGUCACGUGGGAGGACGUCUACUCAGGCGAGGAGAGCGUCGGCAUCGUCGGCAUGCACGACGAGAUGGAGAGGAAGCUGAAGAUUUGA